GAAUCCUGGCAGAGAGGGUGUUUCAGGCCCGGCUCUGCCGCAGGUAACCCGCCCAGCCGCUGCCCAGGGGCGCCCAGGAGGGAAACGGGACUCACAGAAGCCUCGGGAGGAGGAGCGGGAGGCGGGCGCUGCCCCAGACACACGAUCGCGAUCGGGGAGAGCCAGGGAGGAAGGAGCAGCAACCCCUGGGGAGCUGGCGGGCUGGGAAGGGGAGCCGGCAGUGCGCAAGUAGGGCGGGCUGGUGGACGGCUAGGCGUCCAGGCUCUUCCUCUGCUCUGCUUACUCGCGGUGUACCUCCGAUGCCCGGCCGGCCGGCAUAGGACUGGCCCACUGACCCCGACGAGGGAUCCUGCGCAUCCCGGGCUGCUGAUGCAGGGAUUGAAAAGACACGCUGAACAUCUUUGUUUGCAGACGGACAGACCACCAUGGACCAGCCUCUGACUGUGAGUUCUCUGAAAAAGUUAGCUGCCGGGCCGGACCACACAGACGUGUCCCUUAGUCCUGAGGAACGUGUCCGAGCCUUGAGCAAACUGGGAUGCAACGUCACCAUCAACGAAGACAUCACUCCCCGCCGCUAUUUCCGGUCCGGGGUGGAGAUGGAGCGAAUGGCAUCCGUGUACCUGGAGGAAGGAAACUUGGAGAAUGCCUUUGUCCUCUACAAUAAAUUUAUAACACUGUUUGUAGAGAAGCUGCCCAGUCACCGAGACUAUCAGCAGUGCGCAAUCCCAGAAAAACAGGACAUCAUGAAGAAACUCAAGGAGAUUGCCUUCCCAAGGACAGAUGAAUUGAAAAAGGAUCUUUUAAAGAAAUAUAACGUAGAAUACCAGGAAUGCUUGCGAAGCAAAAACAAGCACAAAGCGGACGCGCUCCGGAGACUGGAGCGGCAGCGCCUGAUCGAGGCGGAGAAGCAGCGGAUCGCGCAGAUGCGGCGGCAGCAGCUGGAGACCGAGCAGUUCCACUUCUUCGAAGACCAGCUCAGGAAGCAGGAGCUGGCCAGAGGCCAGCUUCGAAGCCAGGAGGCGCCCGCGCUGUCCGAGCAGAUUGACGGCAACGCCCUGCCUUGCCUCGACCCCUCCCUCCGUGUCUUUUCCGAUCGAGCGCCUAAAAGCGACGUGCCGGCCUUCACUGGCCAGUCGCCCCCCGUGAACAGAGCGCUGAAGCCGGCCGCCACUCUGAGCGCCGUCCAGAACCUGGUGGUGGAGGGCCUUCGAUGUGUCCUGCUGCCCAGGGACCUUUGCCACCAAUUCCUGCUACUAGCGGAGUCAAAUACAGUGAGGGGGAUAGAAACCUGUGGAAUUCUCUGUGGAAAACUGACACACAAUGAGUUUACAAUCACCCACGUCAUCGUGCCAAAGCAGUCAGCCGGCCCAGACUACUGUGAUGUGGCUAAUGUGGAGGAGCUGUUCAGCGUUCAGGACCAGCAUAGCCUUCUCACCCUGGGAUGGAUCCAUACGCACCCGACGCAGACGGCGUUCUUGUCCAGCGUCGACCUCCACACCCACUGCUCCUACCAGCUCAUGUUGCCCGAAGCCGUCGCCAUCGUCUGCUCGCCCAAACAUAAGGAUACGGGCGUCUUCAGACUCACCAGUGCUGGGAUGCUGGAGGUCUCUGCUUGUAAAAAGAAGGGCUUUCAUCCCCACACCAAGGAUCCCAGGCUAUUCAGUACAUGCAAGCAUGUGGUGGACCAAGACAUAAGCGUCACAGUGCUGGACCUGAGGUGAUGAGGCCCAAAGACAGACAGAUACCCUGGCCCUGUGGACAUGCGGCUGUCAGAUUUUCUUAAGACGUUUUCAGAACUGAUGUUUUAUAUUUAUACAUUUUAGAUCAGAUGGUUUGAUAUUUAUUGUUUUCACCUAUUUUGCUGUUUUCUUUUGGGAAUGUUCCAACUCGAGACAGACAGAGCUCAUGGUGACGGUAAACUGGAAUCUCCUCGUGUACCAAAAAUAAUAAAUCGAGUUGCAAACAGCA